GAGACUUAAGUCUUACAUCUUGGAGGCCCCAGUGAGAUCCCCAAGUGGGAACUGUAAAUCCGGCCGAGAUUCUCUGUCGCAGAAUCCAGCUGGAGAUUCUCAGACAUAGACCUGAAAAGCCUCCGGAGGUAAGUUUUGAAUUGGUUGCAACCAUGCGAUGUCAGGAUAGAGGUGGCUGACGAGCUGGGAAGCCUCACCUGACCCCGGCCCUGAGGAGGAUUCAGGGUAGAAUCUAAGUUCUUCUUCUUUUAUGUGGCGCCUGUGUGUCUUGUCUGUGUCCUGUCUGUUGAGUGUUAACUUUACAUUCCUUCCUAGGAACAAGAUGGGAGGAUCGAGCUCCAAAAAUACCCCAUUGGACUGUUUUCUCACUAACUUUAAAUUGGCUUUUUCCCCUGAGCAGAAGAUGAGUAUGGAAUGAAGUUUUCUCGAGGGAAACUUCGAACCCUCUGCAACUUGGAGUGGCCCGCCUUCGGAGUGGGCUGGCCAGCUGAAGGUUCUUUCGAACCAAGACUUUGUCAGGCAGUAUGGGCUAAGGUCAUUGAACACCCUGGCCACCCCGACCAAUUCCCUUAUAUUAAUAUCUGGGCCCAGGCCUGUGAAGAACCUCCGGAGUGGUUGCAGCACUGCUCCCUGCGCACCAGUUCUCGUAUUCUGGUAAUGGUGCCAAAUGGGAUAAAGUCCACAAAGUGGCAGGCACCCAGGCCGGUCUUCUCCCAGGAGCCGGACCCCUUAGAGCCUACUGACCCCGGGUUAAGACCCCUUCCAUAUGCAGAACCAUCCCCUGGGGAGGCAAAAGUUAAGUCCAUCUACCCAUCUCCCCCGAAAGAAGGGGAGAUCCCGGAUUCCACUACCUCUCCUUCCCAUACCCGAGGGGGCUCUGCUUAUGGGCCCCUGGAGGCACCCCAGGAGAGACCAGACCCAGUCCCUGUGCUCCCAUUGAGAGAAAUAGAACAAGGUCAUUAUGUAUACAUUCCUUUCUCUACAAGUGAUUUAUAUAACUGGAAGCACCAGAAUCCCCUGUUCUCUGAGGAGCCGCAGGCCCUAAUCUCCUUCCUUGAGUUUGUGUUUAAUACCCAUGACCCCACCUGGGAUGAUUAUCAGCAACUUUUACAGGCUCUGUUCACAUCUGAAGAACGAGAAAGAAUUAGAGGACACGCUAUUCGGUCAGUGCUGGGGGGAGCUGAGGGGCUUGUUGACGACCAACAACAACAGGCCCCGAGUUGAAGUACAGCUCCCCAUCUCCCGUCCCAAAUGGGAAUGGAAUUCCACCGGAGGUAGGGAAGCUCUUCGCAACUACCAUCAGCAUCUCCUGGCCAGCCUUAAGGGAGCCGCUCGCAAGCCUACCAAUUUGAGCAAGGUUUGACUCCAAGACCUUGGAACCACGGUGGAAGGGGCCUUUUCCAGUUGUCCUGUCUACUCUGGCUGUGAAGGUUGCAGGACACCCAACGUGGAUCCAUCACAACCACCUCAAGCCCGGACGGGACAACAGCCCAGAGGUGCACGGAAAAUGGAGCGUCGUCAGCAAACCCGGAGAAUUGAAAGUAAAACUCCGCUCAACUGGACCUUCAUUAUGAUCUGGGUGAUUUCCCUUGGGACAAUAAUAGCGUUGUCCAAAGAGAACUUAGGUCAUACUAAAAAUGUUUGGGUGCAAUUAGCUGAAUCCUUAAAUUUGUCUGAAAUAUGUUUAAAUGCUGAUGUGAAUUUUCAUUAUGUGCUUGGAAGUUGUUUGGUUCCAGUAUGCACCCCACUUGAAAAUAUUAGACCAUAUACUAUGUUUAAAAAUUUCCCACAAGUAAAUCUCAGUUAUUUGGAUAGUUACAAUUGGGGACAAGUGACAUGUUACAAACCAAAGAAUGCUAUUAAGCUAUAUACCCCUUGAGUAGCUAUGUCCAAUAACUCUCUGUGCCAAAUAUAAAGGUUGUACUUCCCAGUGUUUAAAUCUUAAACAAACAGAUGUAAUGAAGUGCUCUAGAGAACAAAUAAUGGGCCAACUAUAGAAAAAGACAUACAAAAGCUCAAAGAUUUAGCUACAAAGAUUCAUAAUGAGCA